AUGCGUCACGGGUGUUCUUCUUUUUCCCUCUAUCUGCUAGAGGCUCAUCUACAGGACCUCUGUAAUCAGUACCGCGCUGGCGCAUACUUAAUUGACUGGCUGGAUCGCAAUGGGCCCGCCCACCACUUAACCAACGGCAACACUACCCAGGGAGACAAAGUCAUUGUAAUGGCCAAGCUGGAAGAGGAACCCACCGAUUGGGUUGAAGAAGAACUACCUGACUGGCAACGAGCCAUCUACAUUGUCAACCCCACCCAAGACGUGCGAUCCAACGCCAACAUCCUCACAACCCCAGUUAAUAAAGGCCACGAGUCCAUGGCUUACCUCACUUACGUGAUUGAGCACUACGACGACCUCCCCUCAACAAUUGUCUUCCUCCACGCCCACCGCUCCGGCUUCCUCAUGGCUUGGCACGUCGACGCCCCGCUUCAUGACAACGUCGCCGCCAUGCGCAUGCUUCAACUUGACUUUGUCCAACAAAACGGCUACGUCAAUCUUCGCUGCAACUGGAAUCCCGGCUGCCGGGACUCUCACCGUUACAACAGCCACAUCACAGACCAAGUCUGGUGGGAUAUCUUCGACGGAACAAGCACUCCACCCCUCAACACCUCCUCGCUCCACCAAACGGAGUCCUAUAACAAACGCUACCUGCGUAAACCAGACCAAAUCGGCGCUGCAUGCUGUGCCCAGUUCGCGCUGAGUCGCGCGCAGGUGCAUCUCCGUCCCCGAGACGAUUACAUUAAGUUCAGACAGUGGAUUAUCGACACAGAAUUGAAUGACGCCUCGUCUGGACGAGUCAUGGAGUUCUUGUGGCAUGUCAUCUUCGGCAUGAGCGCUGUCUACUGUCCCGAUGAGGAGCUGUGCUAUUGUCAGGUUUACGGCCAAUGCUAA